AUGUAUCUUGCUCUGUCCUUUGCCACUUUUCUCCCUAUGGCUCUCGCCGCAGCUCCAAAUUAUUGUCCGCUCCUGGGGCCAAUCUUCCCCGCUCCACAAGCCAUUGCCACAAGCAGCGCAUUCCUCUCCGCAAGGAACAACAUCUCUUCUGCCCUCGCCUCCGCCAUUGCAGGAACAUCAUCCCUCGAUGACAUCUAUGACCCCAACACCACAUCUUUUGCGAUUCAGGUCUUUUCGACUCAUGAUGCGGGGCCAUUAUUCGAAUCCUAUUACACCGCUCCGAAUGUCAAUGUGUCCGUCGGUGUUCAGACUGUGGAUGAGAAUACCGUCUUCCGCAUUGGAAGCGGCUCCAAGGUCUGGACGAUCUUGCUGAUGCUCAUUGAGCGGGGAGAUGCUGUGUUUCGCGAGCCGGUCGCGAAGUAUGUCCCGGAAGUUCGAGCUUGGAAUAAUACGCCUGGUUGGAAUGAGAUCGACUUUGUGCGCUGGGACGAGGUGACAAUUGGGGAGCUGGCGAGUCAAUUAUCGGGAAUCCCACGAGACUAUGGUUUCGCGGACUUAGCCACAUUGCUGCCGGAUCCGAGUGCCUAUGGCCUCCCUCCACUUUCGCCCGCCGAGCAGCUCCCGUGUGGUGCGCCAGGCCAACCCUGUGAUCGAAAGCAAUUUUUCAAUGGCUUGUUGAAACGACAUCCCGUGGUUCCCACUGCGUCCACUCCUGCUUACUCCAACGCAGCAUUUCAGAUCCUGGCAUACGCUCUGGAAGCGAUGACCGGUCAAAGCUAUCAGAGGCUCCUGGCUCAGAACCUCAUCCGCCCGCUCAAUCUCACCCGCUCGAGCUACAACAAGCCAGCGAACAGACUAGGGGUCAUUCCCGGAGAUGUAGAUACUACAUGGUGGGCCUAUUCACUCGGGGACGAGACACCUGCUGGUGGCCUCUACUCGUCCGCUAAGGAUAUGGCCACCAUCGGUCGUGCCAUCCUUGACAGCCAGCUGCUGCCCCAAUCGCUUACGCGGCGCUGGUUGAAGCCCCACAGCCACAGUUCCUCGCUUGAGCUGGCCAUCGGCGCUCCUUGGGAGAUCUACUCUUUUCCCUACUCCCGGGUAGUCGACCUCUACGCCAAGGCCGGGGAUAUAGCGGCGUAUUCGUCCAUGCUUGCCUUGUCCCCCGACCACAAUGCCGGCUUCACUAUCCUAAUAGCAGGUACCAACACGCACUGGACCACGGCCUAUCUGUCCGAUCUCGUGGCGAACGCGCUUCUUCCCGCGCUCGACGAAGCGGCGAAAGAGGAGGCGGCGCCAAAAUUUGUGGGAUCCUAUGUGGCCAAAAACUCCACAUCCUCACUGACCCUCCUCACGGACGAUGGCCCGGGGCUCCAAGUCGAAUCGUGGCUAUAUGAUGGGGCCGACAUGUUCAACACGUUUGCGGCGGCUCUGGGCACGACAGUUGCGGAAGUCAGCGUGCGGCUGUACCCGACCGGACUGGAAAUGCCAGGGCGUAUUUCUUGGCGGGCGAUUCCGCAAGAUUUGAGUGAAGGGGUAAAUGCGAUUGGGCCGUUCAGCCGGUCAUGCCCGACCUGGUUCCUUGUAGACGAGUAUGCGUAUGGAGCUGUUGGGUUAGAUGAGUUUGUGUUUGAUGUGGAUAGAGAGGGAACGGCGGUAGCCGUCGAGGUGAGGGGUUUGCGGAUGGUGUUGCAACGAUAG